GAAAGGUCUGUGAGGACCUCCCGACUCCAGCCCUGCUCUGACCCGCCCCCAGUCAGGGCCGGCCCAGAACACACGCUCUUUAAUCCCCUCCCCUUCUGGGAGUCAGUGGAACGAGUGGAGAAGUUGGGGAGACCAGGAGCCGCCCGAGGGUCUGGCGGGGUGGGAACCGGGGGAGGUGUGGCUCUGUGGAUUAAUGCGCCUCCUCCUCGGGGAACAAAGGCCUCCGCUCCUCGCUCCGGGUCUCCCCGAGGCAGGGCUCGGCUGCGUGAGUCCGGAGACAGCCCCCGGCCCCCCAGGAAGGAAGCGGGGUCACUGGCAGAAUUGUACCAGGACACAGCGGGGAGGCAUCGCAUCAGGCACUAAACACCACCUCUGCCCUCUUUCCUCCCGAGGAGUCUCGCCGCUGAAGGGAAGCGCCCCGUGGCCUCCGCGGCUGCCCACAUGAAGGCCGUGCUGAGCCUCCUGCUCCCCUGCCUCCUGGCCCCGCUGUGGCUGGUGUCCGGCUCGGCCCCUCGGCCCCCGUCGCCACAGGCCCAGACAGGGCUGGAGACUCCGCAGACCCCCACUACCCAGAACCAGACCAGCGAGGGCAUGCGGGCUCCGGAGGAGGAGGAGGAGGAGGAGGAGGAGGAGGAGGAGGAUGUGCUGGUGGUGGAGGUGGGGAAGGAGGAGGAGGAGGAGGAGGAGGAGCCCUGGCUGACGGCCAGCAGGCAGCAGCUCUCUGAGACCACCUCCAACUUCGGGUUCAGCCUGCUGCGCGAGAUCUCCAUGAGGCAUGACAGCAACGUGGUCUUGUCCCCGCUCGGCCUGUCCUCGACUGUGGCAGCCUUGAUGCUGGCGGCCAGAGGGCAGACCAAAGCGCAGCUGGAGAGUGGGCUCCACCUGCAGGUCCCGGACCAGACCAGCACCCUGCGCGUGCCUGCCCUCUUGAAGCAGCUCAGAGAGAGCCUCUCCCGCAACCAGGAGCUGGGCCUCGCCCAGGGGAGCUUUGCCUUCAUCCACAAGGAUUUUGAUGUCAAAGAGACCUUCCUCAAUUUUUCCAAGAGGUAUUUCGGUACAGAAUGUGUGACUAUGAAUUUCCGCAAUGCCUCACAGGCCACAGGGCUCAUGAAUGAUUACAUUAACAAGGAGACUCAGGGGAAGAUCCCCAAAAUCUUCAAUGAGAUUCAUCCUGACACCAAAUUAAUUCUUGUGGAUUACAUCUCGCUCAAAGGGAAGUGGCUGACCCCUUUUGACCCUCUCCUUACUGAGAGGGACACUUUCCACCUGGACAAGUACAAGGCGGUGAAGGUGCCCAUGAUGUACAAGGUGGGCAUGUUUGCCUCCACCUUUGAUAAGAAUUUUCAUUGCCACGUCCUCAAACUGCCCUACCGAGGGAACGCCACCAUGCUGGUGGUCCUCAUGGAGAAAAUAGGUGACCACCUCACUCUGGAAGACUAUCUGACUGCAGACCUGGUGGACACGUGGCUCAGAAACAUGAAAACCAGGACAAUGCCCUCCUCCAUCACGUGGGGCCUCCUCCUGCUGACAGGCCUGUGCUGCCUGGUCCCUGGCUCUCUGGCUCAGGAUCCCCAGGGAGAUGCUGUCCAGGAGACAGAUGCCUCCAAGCAUGAUCACAAACACCAGCAGGAGCUACCCUGCCACAAGAUUGCCCCGAACCUGGCUGACUUUGCCUUCAGCCUGUACCAUCAUGUGGCCCAUCAGCCCGACACCACCAACAUCUUCUUCUCCCCAGUGAGCAUCGCCACAGCCUUUGCGAUGCUCUCCCUGGGGGCCAAGGGUGACACUCACACCCAGAUCCUGGAGGGCCUCAAUUUCAACCUCACUGAGCAAGCAGAGGCUCAGAUCCACGAAGGCUUCCAGCAUCUUCUCCUCACCCUCAACCGGCCGGAUAACCAGCUGGAGCUGACCAUGGGCAAUGGUCUGUUCAUCGACGAGGGUGAGAAGCUAGUGCAGAAGUUUUUGGAGGAUAUCAAGAACCUGUACCACUCAGAAGCCUUCUUCAUCAACUUCAAGGACACCGAAGCAGCCAAGAAACAGAUCAACGAUUAUGUAGAAAAGGGAACCCAAGGAAAAAUUGUGGAUUUGGUCAAAGAACUUAGACCAAACACAGUUUUUGCUCUGGUGAAUUACAUUUUCUUUAAAGGUAAAUGGGAGAAGCCCUUCGAGGCUAAUUUCACCACAGACGAGGACUUCCAUGUGGACGAGAACACCACAGUCAAGGUGCCCAUGAUGAAACGCAAGGGCUUAUUUGACGUCCACCAUUGUGACACGCUCUCCAGCUGGGUGCUGCUCCUGGACUACGUGGGCAACGCCACCGCCUUCUUCAUUUUGCCUGACCAGGGGAGACUGCAGCACAUGGAGGACACGCUCAGCAAGGAAAUCCUCGCCAGGUUCCUGGAAAACAGAUCCUCAAGUUUGGCCAAUAUCCGUUUGCCUAAACUGUCCAUUUCUGGAACCUACGAUCUGAUAAGCAUCCUGAGCAAACUGGGCAUCACCAAGGUCUUCAGCAACCAGGCUGACCUCUCAGGGAUGACUGAGGAACCAGGCCUGGUGGUAUCCAAGGCAGUGCACAAGGCUGUGCUGACCGUCGACGAGAAAGGGACCGAAGCUGCCGCGGCCACGGAGGUGGAAGGCACCCGCAUUUUUAUAGACCAAAAUGUGGAGUUCAACAGGCCUUUCGUCUUAAUCAUCUAUGACAGAGAUACCAAGGCUCCCCUCUUUGUGGGAAAGGUGGUGGAUCCCACCAAAUAGUAAC